ACAAGGGUGGGCAUGUAUGAUCAUGAGAACGUCAAGGUACAAGGAUGGGAGAUAAAUGUAUUUCAUUCAUACCUACCCUCCAAAUCAGUUUGUCCUCAACUUCUGAGUAGCUACAAGAAUAUGAUCGUAUCAUAUCAAUUCUGCCUGAGGACUGCACCCUCCUACCAUUUCCCCAUGUUCCACUCUACUGUGAGGCAACUUAGAAGCAGCCUGCUCCAAAGUUUACUAAUGUUGCCACUCAGUCAGCCACAGCAAGCUAGGGCAAUAGAAAGCAAUCCCUUUCUGACCCCACUCCUUCAGCACUGAACAUGCUGCCUUUACAGCACUCCCACCACAUUCAGGGUACUCUGUGCAGCUUGGGGUUUUUCGGAGGAGCUUGGAAAAAAGACCUCUCUAGGCAAUGAGAUAUGGAACAGAGGGGAAACUAUGUGUAACUUAGAUUUCCCUGUAGGGCUUAUUGCAGUAAUAUCCAAGGGCUGCCUACCUACUUUUACCAAAAUAUGAGCACAAAAUAUUAUGAUCUAUGAGGAAAGGUUAAGAUAAAUAAAUCUUAAAUUCAGCUUGGAAUAAACAGGUGCAGUUCCAUGGGAGUGUCAGGGCUCUAAUCACCAGUGUUGUAAAUAGUAGUAUAAAUUGUUCAGAAACUAGUUGUAAGUAGUAACGGAGCAUAACUUUUACCUAUUUGGCAUUGAGUGGCUGUGCAGAAAUGAGUGCAGCUGACAUGUUGAGGCCAUACAGGAGAGGUUGGGAUGUAUAAGAAAAAGACAUUAGAAGGAGAACAGCUAACACACCUUCCCUUUAUCUUAAUUCCCCCUUUAGUUAUUUUUUUCUCAUAUACCUCCCUCUUCUCAACCCUUUAUUCUGCUCUCUCUUACUCUGGUCUCCCAUUGACUACACUGAUGCAACUGAGAGCAGACCUUGACUCAUUGUAUGUGUCACGCUUGUCUUGGAAACACAAGGAAUGCCAAAUUGUUACAAGUCUCGUUGCUUUGUCACUUACACCCAUUUUCUUCUCCAACUCUCCCCACUGCUCACAACACUCCUGAAUUUGGCCCUAAAUAUGUCUAACUUGGCUAUGUGGCAAUGAAGCACACCAAGAAGGGAAAGGAAUGGUUUAGGAGGAUCCCAGAGGUACAGCUAGGAGUGAAAGGAUGAAACUGAGCGAAGGGAAAGCCUCAAAUAGCUAUCACUGCAAGCACACAGACAUGCCAGAGGAGAUGCGAGUGGAGGCCAUGGAGCUGUGUGUCACCGCCUGUGAGAAAUACGCCACCAACAAUGAGAGUGCUGCUAAGAUGAUCAAAGAGACAAUGGACAAGAAGUUUGGCUCUUCGUGGCAUGUAGUGAUUGGUGAGGGCUUUGGCUUUGAGAUCACCCACGAGGUGAAGAACCUGCUGUACAUGUUCUUUGGCGGCAGCCUGGCUGUUUGUGUCUGGAAGUGCUCCUGACACAUCUCCUCAUGUCCAAGGCUCACCACAUACAAGGGAUUUCUUCAUUCCUUUCACAGGUUUUUGUACAAUCUUGAGGCAGGGCUUUAUUUUUAAUAGGAAAAUUUGGGGAUUCUUUUUCAUACGCUGUGUCUGUGCGUAUGUAAAUCUGCUGAGCUAUCUAAUCCAAAUUCAAGGGGUAUCUCACUUUGAUCUUGUGUGUCUCAUUGCUUAAACAAUAAGGUUAGGCAGGAAGGGAUCUGGUGGGUAGGUUAUCCCGUGGGGUGCUGUUUAUGAAGCCAUACAUCAGAGCUAGGAGUGUGUGUGAAAGGGAAAAGGGUGCUAAUCCAGCCAUGCCAUCUUCUUCUCCUGUCUUUCCACACUAUUUUCUCUCUUCUCUGAAGUCCCUCCUACAGCACGGAAAGGUGAUGAUCAAUGUUGACAGUAUUCCUCCCGUCUCAUUUUCUUUCUGUCCCUAUCUAGGAUGACCUUUUGGAACAGGUCAUGUGAAGGAUCCUCCCCCACUGUCCCAAACAGUGCUGGGGGCUAAGUCUGCUGUCCUGCACCUCUCUCCCACUCUCUGGGACAAGAACAUGACAGCUGAGCUGCCUGGGUGUGAGAAGAAAGUGACAAUUUAGAAAUCCAAACCCAGUGGGUGGUUGCUGUGCAAACUGACCCCUCCUUUUCACACCCACUGAGCAGUGGCAUAGCUCUAAAAUGUUUGCAGUUUCUGGCACACGGGGGAGUGGGUGAAAACUCAAUACAGCAUUUGAAUGCAUCCUUAAGAAAGGCAAAAACUCUUUGCACACCAUAGGUGCCAGUAUUGUGCACACUCCAUAUCUUGUUUAGAGGCUGGUAGUGGGGGGGGCUCCAUGUGAGCUGCCAGUUUGUCAGUCAUCAGAGAUUUAAUAUACAUUUGUUCUUGAGUCUGUUUUAUCUUUUUGAAGCUGUGGGGAAGAUGUUAAGAGAGAGAAUGAACCUACUUGUAUUUUACAUAUAUGGCUUAUUUAUAUGAAUAUGGGGAUUUUUUUUAACAAUAAAAAGUUUAUUACAAUGGUG